AUGGAGGCGAGGCAGCAGGCCGGCGGCGCGGCCCUGUGCGCCAGCGGCUGCGGAUUCUUCGCCGGCGCGGCGACAAACGAUCUCUGCUCCAAGUGCUACAAGGAACAGCAGCUGCUGGACGUGAUGGCCUUUGAUGGCGCUGUCAUGUCCGGCCUCAGGUCGCUGACCAUCAGGUUGACGAAAGGCGGAGGCGAGGAGGAGACGCCCGAGAAGACGAUCAAGAACCGAUGCAGCGCGUGCCAUAAGAAGGUGGGGCUGCUGGGAUUCGCCUGCCGGUGCGGGGCCACCUACUGCGGCGCGCACCGCCACGCCGACGCGCACACCUGCUUCUUCGACUACAAGGCGGCCGGCCGCGAGCAGAUCGCGCGCCAGAACCCGCUCGUCGUCGCGCCCAAGAUGGCCAGGAUUUGA